AUGAACAUAAGAAGAAGCAUUUACCGGUGUUUUAGCUUAUAUCGAGUUUUCAUUAGAAGCGAUUAUCACUAUAGUAAUGAUAAUCAUUACAGUUAUCAUUAUGAGUACUAUUCUAAGUAUUGUAAUGAUAACCACAAUAUUAUUAGCAAUACGAAAUCUAGGUUGUACACACUGCAGCACAACAAAAUGAGCCAUGUGAGGCCGAAUUGUUUUGUAUGCAUUCCUCUAAACAAUAAUAAAGUAGUAACAGAAGAAUUAGUGAAAAUACAAAAUCAUGUUAUUACAAAAUAUGAAAUGUUAAAAGAAUGUAUAGUAGAACAAAAUAAAUUUCAUAUUUCUCUUUUAAUUUUAUAUAUUAAAAAAUCGGAAUUGGAAGAAUCCAGAAAAGCUUUUCAUGAAGCUAUGAAAGGAAUUAAGAAAAUGAAUCAAAUGAAUAUCUGUUUUGAUAAAUUAGAAACAUUUCGUAAUGAUGUCUUAUAUGUUAGUUUAAAAGAUGAGAGCAAAAACUAUAUAAUAGAUCUUAUCAAAAUUUUAAAAGAGUCUUUUGAAAAAAGAGAUAUAAAAAUUAUAUGUAAUAGUAAGAAAAGCAAGAGGGAUGACAAAAAGAGCAAAAAGAAUAACAAACAGGGGAUAAAACAAAAUGAAGAUAUGCAUAAAAUAAAUAGUUCAGAAGAACAGAUUACUCCACAUUUGACUAUAAUGAAAAACUCGUACAUGAAAAAAAUAUAUAUGAACAAAAAACCACAAAUUUUUCCAGAUUAUUAUUCAGACUUCAAUUUAACAAAAUUAAUGAGCGAACAUUUAUUGCCAACCAAAAUUCAAUUUCUUGAAAUGGACAUAGAUUCAUCAACACUAUACUAUAAAAUACUAGAAGAAUGUAAUCUUUCAUAA